UGAUAAUACAUUGGAAUGCGGGUAAAACUUAAGUUACAUGGUUAUAGUGAUGCAGACUAUGCUGGUGAUACAACAACAAGGCGAUCAACAUCAGGAUACAUUUUCAUGAUGACUAAUGGAAUAGUAGCAUGGUGUUCACAAAGGCAAAAAUCAGUAGCACUCUCAACUACUGAGGCUGAAUACAUGGCACUGAGUCAAGCAGUCCAGGAAUUAACUUGGUUGACGCUACUAACAAGUGAUCUUCUGGAAACACAGGGAGAGACACCUGUUUUGUACGCGGACAAUCAAAGUGCCAUAAAAUUGGUGAAGAAUCCAGAAUUCCAUAAACGAACUAAACAUAUAGAUGUUCGUUAUCAUUAUAUUCGUGAGAAAUUCAAUGAAGGGAUGUUUUCACUGGAGUAUGUGACCAGCAAAGAGUAG